GAAAAAUUACUGGUGAUAUAAAUAUAAAAAGAAAAAGAAUCAACUUCUUGAGAUUGACAAGCAGAUCUCACCGAAAUAAAUUAAUAAAUUCACCAUACAAGCGCAACAGGCCAUCUUCAUAAAACCUUCGACAGAAUUCUCCUUCUUCUUUUGCUUUGAUGAUGGUAUAUUUUUAUUUUUUCUUGUGAUUUUUAUUUUUAUUUUUCUUCCACGCACGCAAAACUACUGUAAUUGAAGAAACAGAGAGAAACAAAAGAGUCCUAUGCUAGGGGACUCAAGUAGUUUGCUAGCAACCACAACAACAGCCGCUGUUGCUGGUGGUGGUGGUGGUGGUGGUGGUGGUGUUGCUACUGCUGGUGGAAGUAGCAGCGAUCCUCCUCCUGCUCCUUCUACUCAUCAGCUACCUGGUGGUGGUGGUGCCCAUGAAAGCUCUAGUGAAGUUGGGCAUGUGGGCUCGAACAAUUCAUGUGAAGAUGAUAAAGGAAGAGGCGAUGAAGGUGACCGCAGCUUUGGAGGUAACCGGUGGCCAAGACAAGAGACUUUGGCACUCUUGAAAAUAAGGUCGGAUAUGGACGUGGCGUUUCGAGAUGCCAGUGUAAAGGGUCCCUUGUGGGAAGAGGUUUCCAGGAAGCUAGCAGAGCUUGGUUAUAAUCGAAGUGCGAAGAAAUGCAAGGAGAAGUUCGAGAACGUGUACAAGUACCACAAGAGAACCAGAGAAGGCCGAACUGGUAAACAAGAAGGCAAAACGUAUCGAUUUUUCGAUCAAUUAGCAGCGUUUGAGAAUCAUGCUUCUUUUUCACUCUCAUCACCACCACCACAGCAACCGCAGCAGGUGAAGCCUCAAACUCCAGCGGUGACGCCUCAAACUCCAGCGGUGACAACCAUAGCAAUGCCAGUGGUUAAUCCUCCGGCUCUUAGUGUUGGUGCAUCUCCUAUUAGUACUGUUCCAUCGACGAUAACUAAAGCAACACCAGUAGCUACUACUAGUAUGUCUCAAGGCAUUGUCACAACAGGAAUAAACCUCUCAAUCCCUUCAUUUCCAUUAACAAACCCUACAAUCUUACCCUCAGCACAAGAAACAACAAACCCUACAAUAAACCCAUCUUCUUUCUCUAACUUUUCCCCAGAUCUCCUCUCCAAUUCCACCUCUUCAUCCACAUCGUCAGACGUUGAAAUCCAUGGGCGGCAUAGGAAGAAAAGGAAAUGGAAGGACUUCUUCGAGAGGAUAAUGAAGGAAGUGAUACACAAGCAAGAGGAUAUGCAAAGGAAAUUCUUGGAAGCAAUAGAGAAACGCGAACACGAUAGAAUGGUGAGGGAAGAAUCCUGGAGGAUGCAAGAAAUGGCAAGAAUCAAUAGAGAGCGAGAAAUUUUAGCCCAAGAAAGAUCCAUAGCCGCUGCAAAGGAUGCUGCCAUAAUGGCAUUUUUGCAGAAGCUAUCUGACCAGCAAAAUCCAGGUCAACUUCAGAAUAAUCCUCCACCACCACAGGCACAGCAGCCACCACUGGCAAAGCCACCACCGCCGCCACAGCCACCAGCACCAGCUCGAGCCCCAACACCACAACCCAUAACUGUGGUACCAAUGGCAUCUGCAGUGACGCCACAGCCUGCGAUAAAUCUGGAAACGAAAUCAGGUAAUGGGGAUCAGAGUUUCACGCCAGCAAGCUCUUCGAGAUGGCCUAAGGUAGAAGUUGAAGCUUUAAUUAAGCUAAGGACUCAUCUUGAUUCCAAGUACCAAGAAAAUGGACCAAAAGGGCCACUAUGGGAGGAUAUCUCAGCUGGAAUGAGAAAGCUUGGCUACAAUCGAAGUGCGAAAAGAUGCAAAGAGAAAUGGGAAAACAUAAACAAGUACUUCAAGAAAGUGAAAGAGAGCAACAAGAAAAGGCCUGAAGAUUCAAAAACAUGUCCAUACUUUCACCAACUUGAUGCUUUAUAUAAAGAGAAGAACAAGAGCGACCCUUCAUCAAACAUUGAAUUCAAGCCUGAGAAUUCAGUGCCUUUAAUGGUACGGCCAGAGCAGCAAUGGCCUCCUCCUCAACAAGAACAUGGCCCAGCUGAUGAUUCAGUCAUGGAAGAUUUGGAAAGUGAUCAGGAUCAACAGAAUCAUCAAGAUGACGAUGAGAAAGAUGAUGAUGAUGAUGAUGAUGAAGAAGAAGAAGAAGAUGAAGCCGGAGGAUAUGAAAUUGUAGCCAACAGGCCAGCAACAAUGAGCUCAGCUGCUGGGUGAGAGUUUUGAAGUAUUUUAAGGCCAAAGAACAAAAAGCAAGAAAAGAGAAUUUUUGUGAGAGGCGUUCUUAGAUCCUAAUUGGAGUUGCAAGUUGCAAGCGGUGAUGGGCAAGAUUCCGGCAGCCGUGAAUUGGGGUGGAAGAAUCUCGUCAACUUGUAAGCAAGAAAACACAUGGUGAGGGAUCCAUAGCAUUUAGUCAGUGGAUUAUAUGUUUAAUUAUUUUUAUAAUUUAUUUAUUUUUUGCUAAAUAAAUAAGGUGAGAGGAAGAAGAAGAAGAGAGUUUCAGGUUCAAAAAGAAUAAAUGAAAAAUGAGACUAGUGUUGUAUUUUUCUUUUAUUUUCCAUGGUGGUGUAAAUGUUACAAUUUAGAAAUGGUUUUUAAUUAAUUUUUUCUAUGGCUCAA